UUCAGAGGUGUACUCUUUCAGUGUUCCCUUCCUCAGAGACCCUAAAUAGAUAGACGAUGAUUAACUUUAACUGAGAGGACUUUAGGAUCACACCACCACACACUGUAGAGAUCAGAUACAGUUGACAGCUGAACCAGACCCUGUCUCAGCCCUGCUACCCUCCUUGGUACCUGACAGAGAAACAGCUGGACCAGACCCUGUCUCAGACCUGCUACCCUCCUUGGUACCUGACAGAGAAACAGCUGAACCAGACCCUGUCUCAGCCCUGCUACCCUCCUUGGUACCUGACAGAGAAACAGCUGGACCUGACCCUGUCUCAGCCCUGCUACCCUCCUUGGUACCUGACAGAGAAACAGCUGGACCAGACCCUGUCUCAGACCUGCUACCCUCCUUGGUACCUGACAGAGAAACAGCUGGACCAGACCCUGUCUCAGCCCUGCUACCCUCCUUGGUACCUGACAGAGAAACAGCUGGACCAGACCCUGUCUCAGCCCUGCUACCCUCCUUGGUACCUGACAAAGAAACAGCUGGACUAGAGCCUAUAGCAGACCGCUUCAGGACCUGCCUCAAGGACCGGGUCAGGAUGGAGCCGGCAGUGGAGUCCCAGCAGGACCAGGGGACAGAGGGGAAUCUGGGGACAGGGUGCAGGCACAGAGAGAUGGCCCUGAAGUGGUUCAUGGAGACUCAAGAUCCUCUCAUCCUCCAUGAGGGAAAUUUCCCCUCCUGGUUCGAAGGAUUCAUCACCAGAAGAGAUGCGGAAGAGAUGCUGAGAGACAAAGAACUAGGCUGUUUCCUGAUCCGACUAAGUGACAAAGCCAUGGGAUACAUCCUGUCAUACAGAGGCCGUGAUCGAUGCAGACACUUUGUGAUCAACCAGAGUAAGUCAGGCCAGUUCAUAGUGUCUGGAGACACAGAGGAGCAUGAGACCCUGGGAGAACUGAUAGAACACUACAAGACCAGCCCCAUAGAGCCCUUCAGAGAGUACCUGACCUGUUCCUGUCUAGAGUCUUCCAGAGGAGAAGUCUAUGACGUCAUCAAAGUCAACCUCAGAGAGAAGCCGGGGGUCAGUGUGAGAGCUGUGAGGAGCCUGUGGGACGCACAGAGUGACCAGCAGGGUGACUGGACCAGGGAUAGUCCUAGCGACCACACCGAGGAGCACCCUCCUCCUCCCACACUGCCUCCCAAAAGCAGCAGGAAACCAGAGGAAGAACCCUCUCUGCCAACUGUACCUAGAGUACCACCUGUGCCUAGAAGGGGCGGUCCUUUGAAGAGCAGUUCCCUGGAUUACCAACAGGGUAGUGCUCAGAGAAGGGCGUUGUAUGCCCAGCUGGAGAAGCACAAGGCCAUGAAUCCCCAACCCAGGAGCCUGGAGGGUCUACCAAGAGCUCCAGAAGGAAGGGCUGAAGGCCUGGGUCCUGUAGCCCAACAUCAAACCCCUCCUCAGAGGGGGGGCAUCCCCAGUGGUAAACCUGGAGCCCCAGGCCCUGCCUCAGCCCCUGGACCAGACCCAGGCACAGUCUAUUCAGAGCUACUCAGCCUGCUGGACUGCAAGAGUAAGUCUCUGCCUCUCCUGGACCUGGAUCCUGACUCAGAUGAGGGGGCCAAUUACUCCUACAGGCUGAGCACAUCUUCUUUUACUCCCCCAAGACUCUCUCCCAACCCCACUAAACGGACCACUAGCCCCUCCCUUCUGGACCAGAGCUACCCAUCUGGACCUUCCCUUCUGGACCAGAGCUACCCAUCUGGACCUUCCCUUCUGGAUCAGAGCUACCACAAGGAUACCUCCAAGAGACCUCCAAUAAUCAGCCACAGUCUGGAACAUCUAUGUAACAGCCCCAUACCUGCCCUCGUGUAUCAACUGGCAGGUAGACCCAGGGACCAGGAAGGAACCAUGACAUCGUUCAUGACAUCAUCCAUGACAUCAUCACCACAGGAAGAGGAAGAGGUAGCUAACAGUCUGUACGCUGAGGUCCCUUGUGAGCCGGUCCUCCGUCUCCUACUGGACGACACCUACGAACACAUACCAGAGUUGGGACUGAAAGGAUCAGCCAGACCUUAUGAACACAUACCAGAGUUAGGACUGAAAGGAUCAGCCAGACCUUAUGAACACACACCAGAGUUAGGACUGAAAGGAUCAGCCAGACCUUAUGAACACACACCAGAGUUAGGACUAAAAGGAUCAGCCAGACCUUAUGAACACAUACCAGAGUUAGGACUGAAAGGUUCAGCCAGACCUUAUGAACACAUACCAGAGGUAGGACUGGAAGGAUCAGCCAGACCUUCUGCUAACAACCACACCUAUGAAUCAGUGGAGGAGCUCAAGUCCAAACACACCACCUCUUCUUGGGGUAUAAAGAAAUGGAGAUGGCUGUUCCCUGAGAGACAGAAGAAAUAAUGGAGAAGCAACCCAUCAACCCAACACUACUGGACACCACAGUGUACUAUCCCAUCAACCCAAUACUACUGGACAGUGUACUAUCCCAUCAACCCAACACUACUGGACACUACAGUGUACGAUC